AAGUCAAGGAGACUUUGGGAAAGCUGGACUCUGAAGGCUCCUCAUCCCUUUGACAUCUUUGCUCCUUUGACCCUCUGGCACCAGCUCCCGCCAUGACCCAACGAUCUAUCACCAUCAAGUCGGGGGGCACUCGAAAUUUCAGUGCUUCCUCAGCAAACCUCCUUCCAGGCUGCCGGCCCAGCUUCAGCUCUGUCUCCGUGACCCAUGGCGGGAAAAGCUUUGGGGGUGGCUUUGGGGGUGGCUUUGGGACCAGGAGCCUCCACGGCCUUGGAGGCAGCAAGAGAAUCUCUGUCAGCGGGGGCUACCGCUCAAGCAGGGGCAGCUUUGGGGGUGCUGGCUACGGGAUGGGUCUUGGAGGCAUAGGGUACAGGGUCGGGGGAUUUGGAGGCGGGAUGAUGCCUGGAGCUGGAGGCAUCCAGGAGGUCACUGUCAACCAAAGCCUCCUAACUCCUCUCCACCUGGAGAUCGACCCCUCCCUCCAACGGGUGCGGAAGGAGGAGAAGGAGCAGAUCAAGUCUCUCAACAACAAGUUUGCUUCCUUCAUUGACAAGGUGCGGUUCCUGGAGCAGCAGAACAAAGUCCUGGAGACCAAAUGGAGCCUCCUGCAGGAGCAUAAAACCACCAGAGCCAACAUCGAGCCUAUGUUUGAAGCCUACAUCAACAACCUGAGGCGACAGCUGGACAGCCUGGGUGGGGAGCGGGCAAGGCUGGAGAUGGAACUGAAGAACAUGCAGGAUGUGGUGGAGGACUUCAAGAACAAGUAUGAAGAAGAAAUCAACAGGCGCACAGUGGCAGAGAAUGAGUUCGUGGUGCUGAAGAAGGAUGUGGAUGCCGCCUACAUGAACAAGGUGGAGCUGGAGGCCAAGGUGGAUGCCAUAAUGGACGAGAUUAACUUUCUGAGAGCUUUCUACGAUGCGGAGCUGGCUCAGCUUCAGGCCCAGAUCUCUGAGACCUCCGUGAUCCUGUCCAUGGACAACAACCGUAACCUGGACCUAGACAGCAUCAUCGCAGAGGUCAAGGCCCAAUAUGAGGAUAUUGCCAACCGCAGCCGGGCUGAGGCCGAGUCCUGGUACCAGACCAAGUAUGAGGAGCUGCAGCGGUCUGCUGGUCAGCACGGGGACGACCUCCGCUCCACCAAGAUGGAGAUCUCCGAGCUGAACCGAAUGAUGCAGAGGCUGCGCUCCGAGAUUGAUAAUCUGAAAAAGCAGUGUGCCGCACUCCAGGCCGCCAUCGCUGAUGCCGAGCAGCGCGGGGAGAUGGCCCUCAAGGACGCUAAGCACAAGCUGGCUGAGCUGGAGGACGCCCUGCAGAAGGCCAAGCAGGACAUGGCACGGCAGCUGCGUGAGUACCAGGAGCUCAUGAACGUCAAGCUGGCCCUGGACAUUGAGAUCGCCACCUACCGGAAGCUGCUGGAGGGCGAGGAGUGCAGACUCACUGGAGAAGGUGUCGGACCCGUGAACAUCUCCGUGGUCUCCUCUUCCGGGGGCACAGGCUACAGCGGGGGCGGCGGCCUCUCUAUGGGCGGGAGCAGCUACAGCUAUGGGGGCGGCGGCGGCUUCAGUUCCACCAGCGGCCGCAACAUGGGUGGCAGCAGCUCCAGCAUGCGCAUCAUCUCCAAGACGUCGUCCACCAAGAAGAGUUACAGGAGCUAAAGGGUCCCACCCUCUCAGCUGCCUCCCCACUAAAGCCCCCAAUUCCCAGCCCAAAGGUUUGCUGCUUUGCUGACACUCCUUGCACAAAAUCAAUCCUAGCAGCAGGAGGCACAGGGAGCGAGAAAGUGGCCUGUGAGUUCUAAGGUCACCUUGUCCAUUUCUCGGCCUCCAGAUGGUUCCCCAUGGAGGCACCCCACUAGCUUCUCAUCCCAGAGUCCUCCAGGGGCCACAGGCAUCCAUUCCAACUAACACUGAUUCAACUGCUCUGAGCCAAGACCUGGGCUAGGACUUUGCCCUUUAGUAGUUUCGAGAGCAGGGGUGCAGCUGGGUCUCCCUUCUCCUGUCCAACCCAGAUCUACUGUAACCACAGCCCUUCAUGGGGUCCUUAGAAUUGACCUUGGUGCCCCCAACGAAGUUGAGUGCAGUCUAGGCCAGAGUCUCCACGUGUGCUUUCUCAUCACAGACAGAACACUUUCCCCGCAGGCCGCUCAGACCAAGCAAUGUCACAAACCCUUCCCACUUAUUGCCUCCUCACCUCCUCCUUUCUCAUCCCUGCCCAGGCCCCCAGCCACUUCCCCUGACAACUCCCACCAGCAGAGUAUUUAAUUGAGAAAUCAAUACCCUUCAAAAUAUUACCAACUCUUGGUUAUUUGUAGGAGAAUGGAAAAAUUUUAUCAAGAAUCCAAAAGUUCUCCAUGGCCUGGGGCUGCAUUCGAUGAUACUUCAUAGCCAAAUUCCUUCCAAAUCUGCCUCGAUUAAGCCAAUAUUAGAAUUGCCAGCCCAAACAGAAAUGUCCUGAUGAUGAGAGGGAGGAGGUAGGCUCCUAUGAAGAUAUGGGAAAGGCAGCCCUGCUUCAGAUGCCUGCAACAGACACACCAGGAGAAGGAACCAAAUGAGCCUGUGUUAGAACUGCCCCAGGAGAGUCCUGCAAAAUAACCCUCCAGGCUCAGGGCUUCUUCUCUUUCCUCUGUGCUGGCUAUGUCUCUCUUCUGGAAAGUUUUCUUCUCUUUUCCCCCGCCCUUCCCACCCUCUCUUUCACCCUCACUCCUUUUUCUACUCAUCCUCCACUACCCUGGGUGUUUCCUCUCUCGAUCCCCCUCCUCUCCUCUCUUUCUCUCCUUUCUUCCUCUCCCAUUCUUCUAUUUGGUGAUGUAUUUCCCACUCUCUCAGGGUCGUAGAGAGUGGGCACAGACUCCGUCUGUGUCACCUCUCGACCUUUCUUUUUCUACCUUCCUGUCUCUGAAACAUCUACAGUGCAGAUUUGCCUACCCCCAGCCCUGGCCAGAACUGAAAUUCUUGAAGGUGGCCCACCAAAUGCCCUGCCCUAUAGGGAAGGCCUGAGAAAGCAGACUUGGAAGAGAGGCAGUUCUUCCCUUGGUGAUUUUUCCUCACUCUGAGGGGACACAUCGCUCAGUCUCUUGAAGGAAGCAGAGGUAGGGUGGCGGUGGAAUAGGGGACUGGCGUAGGCACAGAGAUCUUUUCGAGGCUGGCCUUCAUGGGGUAGUUUUCCUAUUUAAUUAGAAGAGUUGUAAACUCUCAAAACACCUGCCAUGUAUUCAAGACCAAAAUGCAUUUCGAAGGCAAAUAGAGACUGGCUGCCGUGCUGCUGACAUGGAGACAGGAGAGCUCACUACUUUGGAAAAAAAGUCACUCCCGCUCUGAUCAUUUCAAACCCUUCCCAAGUGCCUGCUCCCUGCACCUGCCUAUUUCCUGAAAUAGCUUCAAUAAAAUGUCACCGAGCUCUCUA